UUCUAAACAACCUACUAUCCUCAGGCCCCAGGUGCCGGCCUCCCUGUUUCCUGUCUGGUCCCGCCACUACCAUGGCAGAGUUGGGCCUAAAUGAGCACCAUCAAAAUGAGGUCAUUAAUUACAUGCGUUUUGCUCGUUCAAAAAGAGGCUUGAGACUUAAGACGGUAGAUUCCUGCUUUCAGGACCUCAAGGACAGCAGGCUGGUGGAGGAGACUUUCACCAUUGAUGAGGUAUCAGAAGUCCUAAAUGGGCUGCAGGCUGUGGUACACAGUGAGGUGGAGUCCGAGCUCAUCAAUACAGCUUACACCAAUGUCCUGCUCCUACGGCAGCUGUUCUCACAAGCUGAGAAGUGGUAUCUAAAGCUACAGACAGACAUUUCUGAACUUGAAAACAGAGAAUUAUUAGAACAAGUUGCUGAAUUUGAAAAGGCAGAAUUUGCAUCUUCAAAUAAAAAGCCCAUCAUAGAUAUCACAAAGCCUAAACUUGUUCCAAUUAAUGAAGGUGGAACUACAGAGCUCCUAAACAAGGAAAUUUUAAGGCUUCAACAAGAGAAUGAAAAACUAAAGUCAAGGCUGAAGACCAUUGAAAUACAGGCUGUAAAUGCUCUGGAUGAGAAGUCAAAAUUGGAAAGAGUGCUUCAAGAUUUACAGCUCGAUCAAGGAAACCAACAGGAUUUUCUAAAGGCCCAAGACUUGGAUGACUUGGAAAACACAGUUGCAACUCUUCGGAGUGAAUUUCAGAAGACACUUAAUGACAAGACAGAAAACCAAAAAUCUUUGGAGGAGAACCUAGCAGCAGCCAAACACGACCUCCUCAGAGUACAGGAGCAGCUGAGCAUGGCUGAAAAGGAGUUAGAGAAGAAAUUUCAACAAACAGCAGCUUAUCGAAACAUGAAAGAGAUUCUCACCAAAAAGAAUGAUCAAAUCAAAGACCUACGGAAAAGACUGGCAAAAUAUGAAUCUGAAGAUUAAAGACUGGAGGUUUUAUCUAGAACCCGCCACACAUGAACAUACACGUUAUCUCCAUCCACCUCAGGCAUGUAUUUUGAAGCAUUUUGUCAUAUUCUCUUCUUUUUCCAAUGUUUAGGCUUUCCUUGUAUAUUAGAACUAUCAUUCUUAUCUUCAGUUUUGUAAUUGGGAAGAGAAAAAAAUGUAAUGAUUCUUUUCUAUUGUCCCAAAUACCACUUUGUCAAAUGCUCCAGAGCCUCCAUGCAAGUACAGUGAGAUUUCUUCAUGGUAGACAGCAGUUUAGAGUGGGAAGAAGAGCCAUCCUUUUGCUUUAGUGAGUGAACCUUUUAAUGUUAGAGAACUGGUAACAUCUAUACUUGUACAGUCACUAAGUGUAAAGAUAAAUAGUAAAGUUAAGAUUUUCAAAUAAACCUUUUAUUUUAAUAAUAAAAUCUUAGUUUAUCUAAUCAUCAAAAUGUAUAAACUAAUGGAAAAUAUGUUUACUUACCACUCUUAGUCAACAUUUCUAUUCAAUUGUAAGGGAGAAUAAGCUGAAGUUAACUCGGUUAACCUUUGCAUCUCUCUGUCAUGAGUGUUGCUUAUUAUAGGAGAUGCAGACAUUUUGCAUCCUUACUUACCACUGGUCUGUGUUAUGGACAGAGAAGUCAGAUUCAUCCUAUACUUUCAUAGUUUAAAAGGCAGAUGUACUCUGAGUNCAUGUAGCCUUUAGAAUUAUUUGCAGAAUAUCCUUUUAGCUUAUAUGUGAAUUAAAAUUCUUUCAAACUUUGACUCAACAUAAAGUCACUAAGUUCCAGGUUGAACUUUGGUUUGUAUGUGUGUAGAAAAAUGGCAUUUUCAAGAGAUUUUAAUAUCUCUAUUGAUGUACUUUUCCUCGGGUGACCAUAUAUAAAGUAUCGGAAACAAGACAUGAUGCCUACAAUGUGUGGUGCCAUGAUUGGUAUGAGAAUAAAGAUCAUAAGACAGUUAAAACUCAGAAAGAAAGCAUUUGACCUUCACAUGUUAACAUGGAGAAAGUGUUCUAUUUCUCAAAGCAAACAUGUCACAUCCUGUGUGAACACUCUAAGAGAGGCUUUUCCAUCUCCACCAAUAGAGAAUUUAUUCCCAGAGAAGAGUACAUUGAUCAGAGCUUACAUCUUUAUUAUUUUCAUUCAUACACUUCAUAUUAGCUUUGACUCUACUGUGGGAGUUUUGUAACUUUGUUAAAUACUAAACGAACAAAUAAUAAUGAAGUGAUUUCUCCCUAAAAAAAAGUUGGGAAGGCAAUCUUAGGAUGAUGAAUGAAUCUGAAAGGGAAGAGAGAAAAAAAAUAAAAACAAAGCAAAAUUUCCUACACAUUUUUUUUCAUUCAUUUGUUUGCAGUUAGACCACUCAUUAGUUUCAUGUAGGGCUUGCAUUGAGGAUGCAGUUUCACCCUGUAUUUCUGUAGCCCAACAUAAUUCCCUCUCUGAAAUUCCAUUUGUGGACCAGGAUGUUUUGAAUAAGUCAGAAACCAAACCUUGUAACUAAGUGGAAAAUGUGUCCUUGAGAAAUGGUUUAAUUGUAUUCUCCCUACACCUUUCUCAGCUGAAGGCCAGGAAGAAAAGACUUGGUAAGACACCGCACCACAUGUAAUACAUUGCUGGGUAGAAUAUUUUAUUUGAAAUAUUCUGUGUAGUAUGUUCUACUUGUUGAAUAAUAAAUUCAAAAGUAUUUCUGAAACCUAAAAAACUGUUAAGCAGUAAGAUAAACAGAUGGGUUGCAUAACCAUUGUGAUGCCUGUCUUAUAGCAUUUACUGCAUAAUCGCUGUGCCCGUCUCUUACAGCACUGACUCAGCUUUUCUCACUGUUCUGCUUUGUUUUUAAACUCAAAUCUCAGCAAAGUUUCACUUGGUUUCUCAGUUUUAGGAUUUACUGAAUCAUUUAACUGAAAAAGCCUGUUUAGUCUAUGUAUUUUGGCUGUCUAGGAAACUACUUUGAGCCUUAAUUGAGCUGAUAGUGUACAGGUAACUGUGGACAGUCUGAUGGUAAACUAUCUUAAUUGAAGCUGUUGGCCAAGGUGCAGCACUUAACCUACUAUGCACAGGGCUCUGGGAUCAGAACCCACACAAUAAAAUAAAAACAACUAAAAAAGAUGUGGCUUUGAUUUAACUUUAAAUUAAAGCGUUUGAAAUUAUGAUUGAGACAUUUUGUUCACAAAAAUAAAAUGCUAAGGGUUUUGUUAUUAAUGCCUUCAAUUUUAUUAUUAAUAUCAAUUUAAAUGGUUAUUUGCUCUCAUCUUACGUGUAUAUCUGUCUGUGUUGAAUAUAUAUUUAAUCAUUUGCUUAUGUCUUAUAAAUCUUAUAUAGAAUAUUUUGCUCUUUUAGAUGUGUAAUCAUAUUUGAUAAAGCCUUUACUAUCAUUUCCACUUGGAUAAACUGAAUGAGAUUCUUAGAUAUCUUUAUAAUUAAUUGCUUGCAUUUUUAAUA